UCAGUGUAAGCCUUCUUACCCAGUCACACACAAAUACACUCAUGCUGACCACCAUGACGUACCGCAUGCCAAACUUCACUCUGGAGCAGAAGCUUUUCUUGCUUCGAAGAAUCCAUGCAGUGGUGGACACAGUGCAGGACUUUCGGAAAGACACCAACACUACUGUGCACCGGAACGCUGUAUGGGCAGCACUGGCUCAGGCCUUCAAUGCGGCGUUCCCUAGUCGACCACCCAGCAGCAUCGGCUCCCUGAAGACACUUUGGAAACGUCUGAAGGUGGAAUGUCGUGUAGCACUGCAGAGGCGACAGGUACAGCAGGCAGCUGGUCUUCCUGUGUCUGCCCUCACGCAGGUGCAGAGAGAAGUGAUUGCUCUGGUACCAAACCUGAUCUCCUGUCUGGAGGAGGUAGACGGAGAUGGCAGCUACAGCUCAGUUAGGGGUGGCUCACCUGGAGCAGUGAUGGGGCUUUCAGGCACUAAUGGGAGUGAGCAUGAAGAUGCUGACCACAGUCAAAAUGAUGAAGUAGACAGCAAGGAGAAUUUAGCCAUUGAACUUGUGUUGGUCUCACCAACUCACCCACCUGUUAACUCCGGGAUUCCUCCUGGCACUGCCUCCUCUCCUCUCCACUCACAUUCAGUCUCUUCCAGGUCCAGCCCUCCAUCUCUCAUCUACCCAACCCAUGCAGGAAGCACCUUAGGGCUGGUAUCAAGGACUAGUGGUGCAAACUUUGAUACCCCACACAGAGAGCCUGCAGUGCCACAUGCUCCUGCCGGAGGAGCAGUUGAGAAUUCAUUACCACCAAUGGACUCUAAUACCUCAAACUCAAAAUGGGAUGCACGUAGACAGGAACUGUUUGAGCUAGAGCGUCAGCAGACGAUAAGUCUGUUACUGCUGCAGCAGUGUGUGUGGGAGGAGAAGAGGAAAGCAGUGAGACAGAAAGAGAAGGCGGCACGGGCCAAAAGGAGAUAUUAUCAAGCCAAACUACGAAAGAUCGGCACAGAGCAUCCACCUUCCAGUAGUGACAGUGAGGAUAACGAACAUCUACAGACGUAAAGUCAGAUGUUUAUGAUGUCUUUGAUAUGUUUGCUUUCUUUUUGAAAGUCAUGUUUUAUUCUAGCAAUGCUGUUUAUUUAUAAAACAAUAUAUUUUUUAUUGUGGACUAAACUUAAUUGGUGUUUAGGAAUGUACCAUGUGCAUCAUAUGGAGGGGGGAAUUCAUUCAAGCAGGCUUUUAUUGUAUUUGUUCCAAUAGCCGAUAAAAAAAAAUCUAAUUUCCUUUCGUACUCUCUUUCAACACUGAUGCGUUUCAUUCAAUCAAAAGUGCGAUAGUUCAGUGCGAUCUGAAAAUAAAAAUUCAUAAUUUACUAA